AUGAAGGACCCGGCCAUCGACACUGUGAUCGCCCAGGCCGAGCAAGCUGGAGUGGAGAUGAAGCCGACGGACAAUGCACCCAAGAAGUCGGCGGAGGACAAGAAGUUCGAGCAGGAAGACAGCGCCAGAAAGUUCAAGGCCAUUGGACCCCCUCGAGCUCCUGAAGUGCCUUUGGAGUGGCUGGCUUUCCUUCGCGAGAAAGGCCCGAGAGAUGCUGGAAACCCUGCAUGGCCGGCGGACCGGUACGAAGUAUGGGUGUUCGCCACUCGCUUCAUUCUGCGUGAGCAGGAAUUAGCGUGCAUCUACAUGAAGGAGGUCGACUUGAAUCCCCGUCUGCUCCAGGUCACCCUCAACCUCCCGGUGACGAAGAACGAUCCAUCAGGUCGUGGGGCACGUCGCACCCUUGGAUGCAUCUGCAAGUCGAGUCCGGAAGAGAAGUCGACAUGCCCGUACUGCACGGCACUUCAUCUAGUACAGAGGCAAGGACAUCGUUUGAUGACCACUUCAUCGUCGGCAGAGGUGAUGGACGCUCCGUUGAUUGGACAACAGGAGGAUCCCAUGUUGGUGGUUGAGAAGGCUGCAAUGAUUGAGGCAUUCAAACAUGAUGCUCGUCGACUGAGCCAUUCACUUCCGGAAGCGAGUGCGCUGGCCACGAAUGAGGACGCGGUGGAGCACACCAUUCCGGCCAACGACGUGUAUGGCUUGGCCUCGGGCUGGUUACGAGAACCACGCGCCACCUUGCUGAUCCGCACGGAGGUGCACAAGGCGCAACUUCUUCGAGCGAGCAACAACGCCCGGAUCAUGAUCAGGCUGGCGCCCCAUGGCUUGCACGUGGAGUCCCCAGAUGAUGUGGAGAUUGAAGCUUUUGAGCCCGCGCAGGACGUCUCGGGACAUGACACCGUUCCGAUGGCAUUGCGGGGUGAGAGCUUCCACGUGAGCACGCCGGUGGAGCCAGAUCUAAGGGCUGCUGCCAGUGCGGAGCCAAGCGCCCCCUCCGUGGCACAGAUGGCAGUGGAGCCUCAAGAGGCUGCAGCAAUUUGA